GGCUUGGGACGCGCGGUCUCAGCGCUGUGGCCAUGCCUGGCGGCACCCUAGCAGCUGUCCUGAGCCCGACACUACCCCAGUAGAGGACUCCCCGGGCCCGGCUGGCCCGGCCAUGCAGCUAGAGACGCAGGACGCGCUGUACGUGGCGCUGGAGCUGGUUAUCGCCGCGCUGGCGGUGGCGGGCAACGUGCUGGUGUGCGCCGCGGUGGGAGCCUCGAGUGCGUUACAGACCCCCACCAACUACUUUCUGGUAUCGCUGGCGACGGCCGACGUGGCCGUGGGACUCUUUGCCAUCCCCUUUGCCAUCACCAUCAGCCUGGGCUUCUGCACGGACUUCCACAGCUGCCUCUUCCUCGCCUGCUUCGUGCUGGUGCUCACACAGAGCUCCAUCUUUAGCCUCUUGGCGGUGGCUGUCGACCGAUAUCUGGCCAUUCGCGUCCCGCUCAGGUAUAAAGGUUUGGUCACUGGGACACGAGCGAGAGGGAUCAUUGCUGUCCUCUGGGUCCUUGCCUUCGGCAUUGGAUUGACUCCGUUCCUGGGGUGGAACAGUAAAGACAGUGCCACCAGCAACUGCACAGAACUGGGGGAUGGCAUCUCGAAUAAAAGCUGCUGCCCUGUGAAGUGUCUCUUUGAGAAUGUGGUCCCCAUGAGCUACAUGGUGUAUUUCAACUUCUUUGGGUGUGUCCUUCCUCCACUGCUCAUAAUGCUGGUGAUCUACAUCAAAAUCUUCAUGGUGGCCUGCAAGCAGCUUCAGCGCAUGGAACUGAUGGAGCACUCCAGGACCACGCUCCAGCGGGAGAUCCACGCAGCCAAGUCACUGGCUAUGAUCGUGGGCAUUUUUGCUCUGUGUUGGCUCCCAGUGCAUGCCAUCAACUGUAUCACCCUCUUCCACCCAGCCCUGGCCAAGGACAAGCCCAAGUGGGUGAUGAAUGUGGCCAUCCUCCUGUCACAUGCCAAUUCAGUUGUCAACCCCAUUGUCUAUGCCUACAGGAACCGAGACUUCCGCUACAGUUUCCACAAGAUCAUCUCCAAAUAUGUUCUCUGCCAGGCCGAGACCAAGGGUGGGAGUGGGCAGGCUGGGGCACAGUCUACUCUCAGUCUAGGCUUAUGACCUAGGCUCUGGCCUUUUGGAGAAGAAGGCUUAAAAUAAACAAUGGGACUAGAUACAACUGGCCGAUCCUCACUGUGAAAGACAGCUAGCUGCACCUCCCAAGCAAAUGGCCUGUCUCCCCUGAAUGCUUGCCUGGAGUUACACAAGUCUGGCUGAUAUGCAAAUCGGAGGCUCCGAGGCUAACAAAUACAUUUAUGAAUUUAUUCAGCUGCUCUUACUGUGUGGAUGGUGGUGGCAGCUUGAAUUGAGUCCAAAAAACUGUUUAAGAAUCUGCCUCAUUCGUGGUAGAAAAUGACUGAAACUUACCUUACUGUGAAACACUGUGAACUAUUAUAAUGUAAGUAUUUUUCACUUACAGGAAUAGAAAAAUAAAAGUUGGCUCUACUAAUGUAUACUUGUUCCUGGGGCAGCAACUCAGAAAACUGAAGUAUAAAUCUUAAGUCAAGAUACAGUCGUAUUAAUUUAGGGAAUGAUACUAUCCUAAGCUUUGAAGUAGAAUUAUAAUAACAAAACAAUUUAAGUUCAGUAUUUUCCCUGUACACAAAACACUAGAGGUAGAAACUGGAGAAACGAAGUCCUUCCUCUACUGGAACCCUGCUUUAGAGCUAGGUACUGGGUUUUGCUUCUCUCCCACAUUAAAGUUUAUUGGGACCUAAAGUGUGAAAAUUUUACUAAGCAAAAUCACCGAAUUGUGUAUUGCACCCAGAGAAAUAAACUUUAAAAGGUGAUUCCCA